AUGCCAUCCCGCUUACCGACACGAUCCAAAUACAGCUUUCGAGCUUUCUAUCUCACCACAUUAAUCAUCUCGUCAUUAGCUGUGAUAAGCCUUGUCGCAGACCAGAGCGCGAAAUACCGUCAUGGUUCCCAAUAUGGCGUGGCACAAAAACGAGCAUUGGAUGCGCUGGACAGUGGGAGACUUGUGAAACGGGAUGAAGAGUGUCGUCUUGUUCACCAUGCCGAGGAUAAAUGCGGAUUCAUACUAGAUAAUUGUCCCGAUGAAACUGCUGGGCUCCUAAAUUACCUCUCGCUCUACUAUUGCAAAUUACCAAAUGCUCAACCUGUGGCUUUCACCAUUCUCAUACUAUGGCUUGGAUUGCUGUUUUCGACAAUUGGAAUCGCAGCGAGCGAUUUCUUCUGUAUCAAUUUAUCAACAAUUGCGAGCAUACUGGGGAUGAGCGAAAGUAUGGCCGGCGUUACAUUCCUAGCUUUUGGUAAUGGCAGCCCGGAUGUAUUCUCGACGUUUGCUGCAAUGAGUUCGCAUAGUGGCAGUCUUGCCGUAGGUGAGCUCAUUGGAGCAGCUGGAUUUAUUACUGCAGUUGUCGCAGGAUCGAUGGCUUUAGUUAGGGAGUUCAAGGUUGGCAAAAAGACAUUUGUGAGGGAUAUUGGUUUCUUCAUAGUUGCAGCGAGCUUCAGUAUGGUGUUUCUUGCCGACGGCGCUCUUCACCUAUGGGAAUGUUUUGUGAUGAUUGGGUUUUACCUUUUUUACGUGGUAACAGUGGUUAUGUGGCAUUGGUACUUGGGAGGGCGAAGACGCCAUCGUGAAAGAGAAGCUGCAGCGCGUGGCCAGUACUUAGCAAUGACAAACGAAGAAAUAGAGGUCACCGAAGAAGAUGGUGACGAUGAAGAUGCGCCAGCAGGAGAGAGGGGCUUCCAUGGUAACGAAGAUUUUGCGGCAUUAGAACGUGGCUCUAGUCCUCAUCCCCGAGUACCAGAAGACGAAGACAGUGAUGAGGAUGGAGAUGAGGGUAGGCACAUUGCUGCUGAGGUGGCUAGCAGUAUGCGAGUAAUCAGAGCAUCUGGUAGCCGCAGGAAUACCAUAACUCCAAUUCGUCCCAGUUUGGUGGGCGCUCUAGAGUUCAGGUCGGUUCUAUCAUCGUUACAAAAGUCUCGCGGCUCUCAUGGCCCACCUAUAAUUUUACGACGAUAUUCAGACGAUCCAUCAGCAUCAAUUGAUCAACUUAGGACAUCUGCAACAACAUCGGCUCCGGCCUCGGAAUAUGCCUCGAGUAUUAAUCCUAUUGAGAUCGACGACAACGACACGGAGCGGUCUAUGCUAGACCCCAAGCGUAGUAGGGCUGUCUCUUUGAACGCUGCGUCAGCCCUAAGACCCACUGACCCUACCGCAUUUACUGCCGCAAAUGUGCCAGAUAUUGGCAUCGUGGCAGCCACUCCAACUUUUCCACGGCUGUUAGAUGUGCCAUCUACAACUAGCAGCCCCGCUCCUAAGUCGCCAACAUUAUCUAUCUCGCCUCCUCCGUCUCUAGAUGGAUCACAAAGUCACAAACUAUUCACAAAUAGCACACCGCGCUGGAACGAUGAUUUGUUGGCACCACCUGGAAAUGACUCUCCAGCAGUGUCACCACGACAUCCCCGUACUCCAGACGAACGACCUAAGAUUUCACCUACCAAUUCUAGUGGAUCGCGAACAGUACAACGACCUCGACUUCAAAUACCGAACUCAUCGAGGGAUAGUUCGCGAACUCGGAUACAAUCGCCCAUAUUACCAUUUCCUCUGUAUAUGGAUUCGCCAGCGUUCAUGUCGGCAGCUAGCUCUAAGGCUCCAAGUAUUGUGCUACCGGAUUCGGAAAUCACGCCCGAAUCAGUUAAUUUGGAGCACGAGUUGUACUAUACGGAAAGACCAAUUAGGUGGUGGCCAUAUCGCAUAUUACCCAGCCCACAAAUCGUACUUUCAGCUUUGUUUCCUACACUAUGUACAUGGAGAGACAAGAGCGGGUGGGAUAAAUUUAUUAGCAUUGUCUCGGCCCCUAGUAUAUUUCUUUUGGCAAUCACACUGCCGGUGGUCGAAUCGGAAUCCAAAGAUGAGGACGAAAAGAUAGACUUUGCUGAAGAAAGAAGGGAAUCUGGCACACCAGGAAGGAGGAAUACUGGCCCGAUAUUAAUCCCGGAUAGCCCAUCAAUGAUCUCUGAAGCAGACCCCGAAUGGUCACAAUACCAACGAAGUCUGCGUGACACUCAUUCCGAGGAAUAUCCUCGUUCACCUGUUUCGAAUUUCAGUCAACACAACACUGCCGCAGUAGCAAUCUCGGCCGAGAGUCAUCAUCCUCAUUCUCGUCCAAUUCCAAUGUCACCCCCCAAGAGAGUCAAUUCGACCCACGAGGAUGUAAUUCAUAGUGGGCCUGGAGUAGAGCAUUCUAGAGGCUGGAACCGCUGGCUUGUCGUGCUCCAAUUGUUUACAGCACCUAUCUUUGUGGUGUUGAUAUUUUGGGCUAAUAGUGACGAUGGUGACUUAAAGUCGCUCGCACGCCUGGUUUUGUUUUCCCUUCUCGGGUCUUUGGUAGCGAUUGCCAUUCUUGCAUUAACAACGACCCCUUCGAGGCCCCCCAAACAUCGUUUCUUGCUUUGUUUCCUUGGUUUCGUCGUCGCUAUUGCUUGGAUUUCCACUAUCGCCAAUGAAGUUGUCGGAGUUCUCAAAGCGUUUGGUGUCAUUCUAGGAAUCUCAGAUGCAAUACUUGGUCUUACUAUUUUUGCUGUUGGCAAUUCAUUAGGCGACCUCGUCGCCGACAUCACGGUAGCCAGAUUGGGAUAUCCAGUUAUGGCACUGAGCGCCUGUUUUGGAGGACCGAUGCUGAACAUUCUCAUCGGCAUCGGUGUCAGUGGCGCAUAUAUGACGAUCAAAGAUGCUAACCACAAACACUUCAAACACCCGAACAAAGAUAUCAAGUACAAGCCAUAUCAAAUUGAAGUCAGUGUCGGGCUCCUCAUUGCGGUACCCAUGAAUAAGUGGGUGAUGAGCAGGAAGAUUGGAUGGGGCUUGAUCAUUCUGUGGUGUAUUAGUACAGUAAUCAACGUUGGUGUGGAAAUCAGUGGGGUAUGGGGUGAUAAUUUGGACUUAUCUACCUUUUUUUCGUGA